GAAAAUUUAUAUCCUGGAUGCUAAAUUACCUUCGAAAUAACUAGAUUAAACUUGAUAAAUAAUAAAAUCCAAAAACAUCCAAAACAAGAUUGGUAUGGACGAUCCUUCUGAUAGCUCCGUAACUUCCAUCGAAGAUGAUGAAGAGCGCACCGAUAACACGGAAAACUUUUGUGGCAAUCCGACUCGAGAUAUUCUUUCCGAAGGAUUUUUUCGAUUAUUUAAACCGGUGAUUGACGAUCUAGAUAAUAAUAUCCGCAGCGCCCGUAUAAGUCAAAUGGAAUUGCGUCAACAAUUGGACAAUUUGUCGGUGGAGAUGAAGAACCUAAACUUUGAAAAUGAUCCUCAACUUCACGAAUAUUUCAAACGUAUGGUACACGUAAAACAGAAGGUCAUCGUAAUUAUGAACAUUUUACAGGGAGCUCAGGAACGUCUAGUUUCCCUUUGCCAACAACAAGAGCAGUCAAUCCAGGGACAACCUCACAGUUAAACGAACUCAUUUUAACCAGCAAUAAAUCGUUUUUUUAUUUAUGAAAUACAA